AUGAACGCCAAAAAGUCGUCUGUGUCUAAAAGAGUCGACUUAAUCCGGUUCCGGAACAAAUCGCCUCGCAUGACCAGUAUAAAACGUCGCGCUAAUGCAUGGAAUAAUAUUUUGAACGACAUUUGCGAUCAGUGUUCGCUACACGGUCUCAAUCACAUUAUCCAAGAUGACCGGAGCACCGGAGAAAAGUCGGUAAUGAGACCGUGCGACGAAGUAUUUCUCCCCAGAGGUUGCUGGUGGAACUUCAAACAGGUAAACUGUUGUGAGGUAUUCGAGUUACAGCGCACCGAAUUUGGUCUAUGCCAUUCGUUUAAUUCCGAUUUUUCUGAGUAUAGCAGAGCAAGAAUCGGCGCUAACUCUGGUCUUAUCGGGACGUAUUGGCAAACCGAGUCCGGUGAGUUACGACCUAGGAAGACGAGCGAUAAGGGUCAAUGGUCUGGCAUCAGAGUGCAUAUAUCGCCAAUAACACCUGAACAAAUACCUCCUGAUGUAAGCACCAAACCAUCAAUCCGGGUGUUAAUGGGCGAACCUAGAGGUGCUCCGCUUGGAUCGGAUAUAGUCGUAAUGGCUGGGAACUUUGGAAAUAUUAACGUGUGGGGUGAUCGGAUAUACAACACGCAUAGAACCAAGAAACUAAAACCAAAGCAGAGAAACUGUUUUUUUGGCGAUGAAAGCCCAACCGGGAUGGGCACAAAUUAUUACCUGAGAAGGAAUUGCAGAACGGCGUGUUACAUGUUUCACAUGGUUAAUCAUUGUGGCUGUUAUAUAGAGGCAAUGUUUGGCCUCAUGAAACGAAACGAUUCAUCACGGCCGUGUAACGCAGUUGAUUUAUUAUGUUUAGCCAAGAAAAACCAAUAUUUCAACAAUUAUAUACCUUUCGAACAGCCGACGUUUUUCAUAAAAGAUAAGCCCGGAUUAAAAUGCGAAUGCAUGCCGGAUUGCAUACACCAAAUGUAUGUACCCGAGCUUACCAUCGCCGAACACACUGUCUCGACGAUGGAGAACUCCUCAUUGUCCAUACUCAUUGAUUUACACUUCAAACAGAGCGCAUGCAUACUUUAUAGAUCGGACUUGAUCCUUGGAUGGCUUGAUUUGUUAGUGUCAUUUGGUGGUUGCGCCGGUCUGUUCUUAGGUGGUUCACUGUUGAGUUUCAUUGAACUUGUAUAUUUCUUGACGUGGCGAGUUUACUAUCAUUGGCGCAGAACGUCACCGAAACCAGUUAAAUCCAAAAGUAAUAAAAAAAGGAAAAGACAUCGAAACAUAGCGGACACUUGGAUAAUGGAUGAUCACAUAAACCGUAAAACGUCAAUACCAUAA